CAACACAAGCCCUGUCUUGAUUUUCUCAAAACAGUGUGAUGUGUGCGGUCUAAAAUGUAGUUGGGUUAUUCGCACAGACUGCACCCAUUAUAAAGAGUGACGCGUUUUUUCCAUCUCAAGUGAUCAGGAUUUAAGAGCACACAACCAGACUUCUCCAAGUCCAGACAUGCCAGAUUCUGCAUCGAGCGAUCCUGGUUCAAAGGUAUUUGACCCUCAACAUUCCCAGAACCUCCUCAGAGUUCUUCGCACGUUCUGGCAAGAGCAAAGCUUCCAUGAUGCACUGCUGGUAGUGGACGGUGAGGAGCUUCCUGUUCAGAAAAACAUCCUGGCUGCAGCCAGCCCUUAUAUUAGGACCAAACUGAACUACAAUCCUCCAAAAGAAGAUGGGUCAACAUACAGGAUUGAGCUACAGGGGGUCUCCAUGCCCAUUAUGAAACAGAUUCUGGACUUCAUCUUCAGUGGUGAAAUCACUUUAAGUGAAGGCACCAUCCAGGACAUGGUACAAGCAUCUGACCUGCUCCUCAUGACUGAGCUCAAGUUGCUGUGUUGCCAGUUCCUCGAAAGCUGCAUCACAGCAGAGAACUGUAUCGGCAUUCGUCUUUUUUCCCUCCAUUACUGCCUACAUCAUGUCCACUACACUGCCACAGAGUACUUGCACACGCAUUUCCGUGACGUGGCGCUCACAGAGGAGUUCAGGGAGUUGUCUCAUGACCGACUGUGCGAGGUGCUGGCUGAGGAGAAGCUUAACAUCGGUAAUGAGAAGCAUGUGCUGGAGGCUGUGGUGCGAUGGUUAAGCCACGAUCCAGACGCUCGCAGGGUGCACAUGAGGGAAGUGAUGUCUGCAGUGUGGUUGCAAGGCUUGGAUGCAAGCUACCUGAGAGAACAGGCCUUGGGGGAGCCGCUGAUGAGAGAGGUGAUUAGAGAGCACUGUCAGCCAGUGCUUGCGGAGAGUCAGCUACAAGGCGAAGCUCUUCUUGCUGCUUUCAAGCCUCGAGGUUACUCUGAGUGCAUUGUUGUUGUCGGCGGAGAGGAUCGUAGGACCAGGAAGCCCACAGCUCUGACUCGCUGCAUGUGUCCACUUUAUGACACCAAUCGACAAGCCUGGAUUGAGCUGCAGCCUAUGAGCAUCGCCCGUAUGGGUCAUGGGGUGGUCUCUGCUGAGGGAUUUCUAUUUGUGGUGGGUGGGAGAGACGAGAACAACAUAGUCUUGGACACUGGUGAGAAGUAUGACCCAGAGUCCAAUACAUGGAGUCCCAUCCCCUCAAUGUUACAGACUCGGCAGAACUUUGGCGUGGUGGAGCUGGAUGGUCUCGUUUAUAUUCUUGGUGGGGAGAAUGCAGAAAGUGAACUGACCACGGUAGAAGUGUUUGAUCCUCACGUCAAAACCUGGAAGAUGCAGACCAGUAUGACCAUGAUCCGCAAGGUGGGUUGCUAUGCCUCCAUGAAUAAGAAGAUCUAUGCCAUGGGUGGCGGUUCCUACGGGAAACUUUUCGACUCAGUUGAAUCCUUUGACCCCAAAACCCAGCAGUGGACAGGCCUCUGUCCGCUCAAGGAGAGAAGGUUUGGAUCUGUGGCUUGUGGCGUCGGUAAGGAGCUCUACGUGUUUGGCGGUGUGAGAAGUCAAGAGAACGACAACCCGGAGCAACGUCACAUGAUGACCUGCAAGUCUGAAUUCUACCAUGAUGAAAUGAGGAGGUGGAUGUUCUUAGAUGACCAAAACUUGUGUAUCCAGACCAGCUCAUCAUUCGUGUACGGUGCUGUUCCCAUCGGAGGCAGCAUCUACGUGGUUGGAGACUUGGAUACCGGUACCAGUUUUGACUACAUCCGCGAGUUCCGUCGCAGCACGGGGACCUGGCAUCGUACCAAGCCCAUGUUACCCAGCGACCUCUCCAAAACAACCUGCGCUGCACUUCGGAUCGCCAACUGUCGUCUGUUCCGCCUUCAGUUGAGCCAAGGCAUGUUUCGAAUCAGAGUCUGAAUUGAGAAAGAACAAAUGGGCCGCAGCUGUAUGUCUCUCUCUGACUUUUGCACACUUGUAACGUCCAACCGCAUACGACAUGCUUGGG